AUGGCGGCCGUCAUGCCUCCAUCGCUGGAUACUUCGUCGCCCCCUCCUUCUUCCCCACCAUCGGUUUCUUCUCCGUCAUCGAACCCCAACCAUCCACCUCUACCUCCGCUAAUAACUUCUCCCACCACCAAACGAUCUACUUUACAGCGCCCCAACUCUCUUGCUUCCAAGAACCGGUUAUCACAAUUCUCGACCUGUUCAGUGCCCAGUCGCUCACGUCCCCCAUCUCACAUAUUUCCAAUAUUUCACUCUAGUCUGAACUAUACAUUAGUCAGAGACUUUGCAUAUCCACCAUCCCAUCCUAUGCAUUAUGGUCCACCGCCAGAGUCCUCACGACCACCGUCCGGGUUAUCAACUCCUGCCAGUGAAACGCACAAGCGGCUGUCAGAUCCACCCGUAUCUUGGAAUGCGCCGGGCGGCUGGCCUAUGAAGAGUGGUUGGAUCCCUGGUGCUUGGGCUUCUGAUGGACUUAUGAAAGGAGAACAACUGGCUCCAAUUCAUUUUGGUGAUGGUCCGCCAUGGAGUGAGGACGAGGACCUUCAAAGUCCUGUGGUUGUUAGCUCUCGUCACAGGAAGCAUAAAUCCUCCGCAGGUGCUUUAGGGGGUGAGACUCGGGGCAGAGGUCGCAAUGGGCGAGAUGAUGGGGAGCGAACAACCAGUAUGCUCAGCCAGGAACACCUUGAAAGCGAUAGAGCCUACUUUAUGGGAACUGAGGGAGAUGGCAGCGAGAGAUAUUAUCUAAAUCAGGGCAGUGAGCCUGAUGGUCCUGGAGGUGAAAUAGUAACCUUAUCCCCCGAACAAGCUCGGCAAUCGACCCUCGCUCCCUACAACAGACCCGGUCAAAGGGACUCGCACUUCGCUGGAAUACCUCCAAGCAGAUCUUAUACAGACGAAAAUGGACAGGACUACCCAUCGGAAUCAGACGCUUCGAGCUCAGCUUCCUCUCCUGGACUCACCCGACAUGAUGAAUCUCGAUACUCGCGGGAUUACCAAUUCACAAUUGCGUCACCAGAUGAAGAAAUGCAUGGGAAAGCCGUGGCACUAUUCGAUUUCGAGAGCGAAAACGAAAAUGAGCUGCCAUUAGUCGAAGGCCAGGUGAUUUGGGUAUCGUAUCGGCAUGGCCAGGGAUGGCUUGUAGCAAUGGAUCCGAGAACACAGGAAAGUGGUUUGGUCCCUGAGGAAUACGUUCGGCUGCUACGAGAUAUACAAGGAGGUUUGAACAGCUUGACGGGCCAGGCAAACGAUCAAAUGAGCCCGGUAGCAACAGAUUCUGGGACCCCAACCCAGGCAGAGCACAGUCAAGCUUUUGGGCAUGCUCCUUCAUCCAGCAAUGGAAACAAUGGCUAUCCACAACCAAUCGUUUCAACAUUCUCGACAUCUUCGAGGGAUUUGCAUCCUUAUCCUCAGCAUCUUCUCGGCACACCAGCAGGUCAAGCACCACCCCAAGUGAUACAUUACCAUGGCCAAAGGGGCGGAAGUCAAGCGAGUACGCCCAUCGUGUCGAGCUCGCACGAGGGCUCAAGUGACCGGACAAGCAGUCAAGAAGCCAAACUGAGGAAAACUGGAGAAAGGCCCCACUCAACCCCGAUAGCAGUAUUGCCAGCCGCCAAACUCGAGCCAACCAUAGAAAUCCAUCAACCGUCCAGUCCCGAUAGCGAUUCAACCAAUGGAUCUUCCGAGGAUGGCAAAGAACCAAAGAAAUCAUAG